AUGCCGAACGGAGAAGCCAUGAGUCCAGAUGUUCAGGACUCCACUGGUUCAUUGGGAGACGAGGAGAACCAAGGAGUGGUACCAUCAGCACCACCGCUGCCCCAAGAAGCUCCACCAUCCGGGCCUUCUCCGUGUCCUAGGCCGAAGUUAGUGUUCCACACCCAACUGGCUCACGGAAGUCCGACGGGCCGCAUUCACGGGUUCACCAACGUAAGGGAACUCUACGCCAAGAUCGCACAGGUCUUCAACAUCUCAGCGUCUGAGAUCCUUUUCUGCACACUGAAUUCCCACAAAGUAGACAUGCAGAAACUUCUAGGAGGUCAGAUCGGACUGGAGGACUUUAUCUUCGCUCAUGUGAGGGGAGAGACCAAAGAGGUGGAAGUCAUUAAAACUGAAGAUGCCCUCGGUCUGACCAUCACAGAUAAUGGAGCAGGAUAUGCCUUCAUUAAAAGGAUAAAGGAAGGCAGCACCAUUGACCGAAUAAAAACAGUAUGUGUUGGAGAUCACAUUGAGGCUGUUAAUGACCAGAGCAUUGUGGGAUGUCGACAUUAUGAAGUAGCUAAAAUGCUGAAGGAGCAGCCGAGAGGAACACCCUUCACCCUGCGCCUGGUGGAGCCCAAGAAAGCGUUCGACAUGAUUGGCCAGAGAACGCGAGCACCCAAGUCCAGCGAGGGCAAAAUGGUCAGCGGGAAAGAGACUCUUCGUCUGCGUUCCAAAGGAGCAGCGACGGUCCAGGAAAUGCCCAGUGAGUUUGAAGACAAGGCCAUCAGGAAGGUUGACGACCUUUUAGAAAGCUACAUGGGGAUUCGGGACCAAGAGCUCGCAACCACUAUAGUUGAAGCUGGGAAGGACAAGAAGAACCCGGAUGAUUUCGCAGAGGCGCUUGACUCAGUACUGGGAGACUUCGGCUUUCCUGAUGUCUUUCUGUUUGAAGUUUGGGGCGCUCUUGGAGAUGUCAAGAAUUAAAGAAUUUAGAGGUCAGUGCACGUCAGACAUCAGAGAGUUGCGGUUGAUUUGUAAAGUCUGUCAUGUGAUCUCAAAUACAAUCCUCCUGAUUCUUGUGUUGAUCCAGAGAAGUGGAGUAUCUCAAGGUGUUACAGGCGAAACGGCGGACUAAAUCAAACAUUCCAGGGUGUAUAGAAGAAGUACGAUGAACCUCAUUUCCCAUCAAUAUGUAUAGCUAACUAAAGAUAUAAACCAAUUAUCUAAAUGCUUUCCACAUUACAGGGAUAGUUCACACAUUCCAUCAUUUAUUCAAAAACCGAAUUUAAAACUAGUUUCUUUGUGUCAUCUAUAAAUAUACAUCAUGUUACAAGGGAAAUUAAUGAUCUUUUAAUGGUAGUUCUUGUGUUAAACGGAUUGUGUAAAUAAUGAAGUUAUUCGACACCAUUAAAUCAAUUAUAUGUAUGUUGAAUAUAAUAACCAUGGGUGUUUAACUCUCAAAUCUACUAAAAGUAGAAGAAUUAUAGUUUACGUGUAUUAUGUAUUAUGUUUUACAUUGUAUACCCUUUUAAAUGAUCUGAUGUGACAUAUUUGAAUAUAUUUGAAGAUUAAAAACGAUCUAGCAUACCAAACAUCUUGUUUCCAAUUACAUUUUUACAUUUCCAAAUGUAAUAAAUCAAAACAUGUACUUACUUGCAAACCAGCUUAGGCUGGUUUAAGCUGUUUGUUUGUAUUGUCAACAAGGAAGUCUUUCUAAAACUACACAAAAUGUGGUUAUUUCACCAGGCAACUUUAUUUGAAGUUGGCGAUACGUUAGCAAGUACGCUAAUGCUAAGUGUAAUGGAGCGUGGCCUACUCACAGGUCGCCGAGUGGUGGUCCAUAGCAUUUGAAAAUCUGAUCAUAAAUUAUAUAUAUUCAUUGUUGGGGAGUAGUUAAGUAAAAGUAGUGGUGCUAGUGUAACGGGAGCUAGCUGUGCAGUGUGUAAACCUCACUCUCCUAACCUCAAGAGGUGGACUAGCGACUGACACUAGGGGCCGUAUCCUUUAGCUUCCUUGUUAGCGCACCCGCCUCCCACGCCAGAGACACCGGUUCGAGUCCCGUUCGGAGCGGGGCGACCAGGACGGGUUACACUACUAACUUACAGAGUGAAAGUAGCUUAGCUAUUUUCACAAUAGUGUAGCUUUUCCAGUGACAAGCUAAUUUCCAAUGGAUAGCGCUGUCUGGUUCUGAAAGUUAAAAUCACAUAAAUGUUUUCCAUAGACGAAUUGUAAGUUACAAUAACUUAUAAACCUUUUAAGACUGACCUACCUUGAGCUCCGAGGUUGCUCAUCGAUGGUAUAUGCUUCUGCUAAAUCAGUCUGCGUUAUUUCAACUUUAUUGUUUAAAAAUUGCGUUUGUUAGCGGAACUCAUGGUGAACAAAUGCAUUACCCAUGGUCCCACAGAGAAAGGGUCAGUCCACUGGCAGCCAUCUUUGGAACUCUCUCGGGCAGCUAUUUUCCUGUGUAAACAAGCGCCAUGCAAGAGCAGCUCCUAUCUACUUGAAUGGGGAAAGACCGAAUGCGCACACUCAUUCUUGAGUUGUUUGACAGUCGAUGUCUAUCUAAAAGGUGAUUCCUUACAGGUUAUUUUACCUGUAAGGCGGGACUUCCUUUCUAGAUCUGUUGACCACUGGGCAUUUCAGUUUCUCCCAUUCGUUUUAAUAGAAGUGGCCCGUCUCGGCUAAACAGUCUCUGACUCUAUAGAGCGCAACAGUGCCCGCCCACUUUUUCAGCCAUCUGGGUUCCGGAAGUAUUUUCCCCAUUCAUAUCUUCCCUAGACUUUUAAUAAAAUCUUUCUUAAACGAGUUGUGAGCCAUGAACCAAACCAACCAGCUCCUAGGAGAAUCACAACAUCACCAACUUUGUUUUGAGGCAAAAACGUUUUUGAAAAUUGGACAUAAAGACAAAUAGUACAAGUCUGUGCACUUACCGUCUUUCAUGAGGGCAGGGACUACAAUCCCAUGAACAUUGCAAAUGAAUAUCGAAUAUAUGAACUAUUGAUUUUAGGUUGUAGUAACCAUGGUAAAUUUUGUGAUUACUAUGGUUACAAAUGGUAAACCACUGGUUACUUCACAGCUGGAUAGAAUGCUGGUGCAAAUAACCUGCCUUUUUAAUUAGCCAAAUAUAGCCACAAGCAGCAAUUAUCUAAGCACAUAUAUGGAGAGAGAGGACCAAAAUAAUCAGAUUAGACAGAAAAUAUCCUGUGGAUGCCGUCGACAUAGUUGUUUUAGUGUUGGUUAGGGUUUAGCCUUUGGUAACUCUAAUGCUAACUUUAACCCUGACCUUUAAGGCCUCAGUAUACUUCGGUUGUACGCAUUUGCUGAUGGUCUGACAGCGCGCCACCCAGUUUUUAUCGUCCCACUGCUGCGGUUGUCGUGGUUUCAUGCGCCGGCCAUUGACAGUCCCAAGAGUUGUAGUGGGCAUACGUCGAACGCGUUCGCCUUUGCUCGCAGUCAUAAAAGUAUACUUUGAAAGGCAAUGCGGUCUGCCUGACGUGAUCCAGUCAAGAAUGCAGAAAAAUGAGCCAGGGCUUUAACUCAAACCCUAACCCUAACCCUACCUCAAGCCCUAACUGCCUGUUAUAGCGCCCCCUAGCAUCACAAAUUGAUGAAUUUCUUCUCUUGUCCGUGUGUUUAAAUUUUGUUCAGUUUGGAUAUUGCGCUUACAAGAAACAGGCCAAUUAGUCAUUAUAAGCCACACCCAAAAAUAUAUUGGCUUAUAUCUUUGGAACAACAAAUCUAAUAGAAAUUAUUUUGUCAACUUCAUGUCUAGAGGGUCUGUAGAUGCUGUAUACCAAAUUUCAUUAAAAUCGGGGAAACGUAUAUAUUCUAGCCCAUGCGGUUGCGAAUUAGCUUAUUACAGCGCCACCGUGUGACCGAUUCUUACAAAAUGUGAUAUACAGCUUCAUGUCCACACCCUGCUAAAUCUCAGACCAUGUGAACGCCCCUUAAGUGGCUGUGAAAUGGUGGUCCCCUGGGGCCAAUAAUUGGUUAGAACGAGGAUGCAGAUAUGAAUCUAGACAUUCCAUGUUUGUUUGUUUUCCUGGUUCCUUAUUUUCCUCCUACUAGCUCUGCUAGCAACAUUGCUUCCCAGAAGUCAUCUGUCACAACAACGCAAAUGCUUUUCAGACCGACAGGUCAACGCAAUCCAAACAGAAGUGGGAUGAAUCAUGUGUUUGACCAUUGUGAUGCAACAUAUGGGCUAACACUUCAAGCAUAAUAAUGCACAACUGAUUACAUAACAACAUAAAUAUGAGAUCAUACCA